CUAGCACUGCAUGGCUUAGGAACUCAGCAGGCGAAGAAGAAUUGUAGCUGGCGUAGUGAAAGUCGGCAGAAGCGUCAAGUGCUCGGCGUUUAGGAAGGCAGUCAGGGGUAAAGAUAAGUCAGUUUUAGACAAAAAGCAAAUUAUCCAUAGUUGGCCUACUACGGACUCAUGUUGCUUGGGCUACGUUGCAGGUUACACAACGGAUGCGGAGAAGCAAGGGUCAAGGGCCCAUAUUGUUGAGUUUCAUGUAAAAAACAACUGGAAAUAUGUUCACAUUUUUAGAGAGUUAAGGCAAGGAAAGUCCGAAAAUGUCGAACAGCACAGAGGCCGAACAUAUAGAAUGGGAUUUACCUGUAUCCGAAAUGCAAAAGAUGAACAAAGACAGUGGACCGGAGGGUUGGAUGGACUUUUCAAAGCUCAGCUUGGGCACUGAAAUGAGAAACAAAAUUUGGGAACAGGAGCACAAAGAUGUUAUCGGGCCGCAUGGGAAAGCGCAUAUUUUCUCUUCAAAUGAACCUCCGUUUUCUGAACAUACGUUCAUGAAUGGAAAAUUGCCUGCCGAAGAACAGGCACAACGAAGCAAAGGUCAUCAGCCAGGGGCUUUCAAUCAUUCGAGUCAUCAAAUAUUUGAUUUCAAUAGCACAAGCAGAAACAAUUCAUCAAGGAAUGGCUUUCACAUUGGGAAUUCGCUGAAUCCGCAUUCCCCCUCGUUUUUGCCAUCGCAUCAGGCCCAAAUCACGAGUCCUACUGAGGAACAAUCCCAAGGAGGUGUCAAUGGAAGGGGAGACAAUCGUUUUUCUCUCAGUGGACACGGGGGAGACCUCAGGACUCAGUUCCUUCAAAGUGAGAACCAAGUUUUGAACAGGCAAGUGAUAGAGCUUAAGGCAGUUCUUCAAGAGCUCCAUGCUUUACAGAAUGGAUCGAUGCCCCCUGAUGGAAAUACUCAUGCGUUACCAGACCCAGUAUUUCUAGCACUCCAGUUACUGAAAAUGGAACAACUUUUGCAUGAGAAAACGGGUGACAACAGAAGCCUUGAAGAGAGAUUGUCUGAACAAACUACUGAAAUGGAAAAGACGAAGAAAGAGAGGGAGUUCGAGGUGACUAAGCUGAAAAAAGAUUUGAAAGUAUUACAAGAGAAACUAGACAACAAGUCGAAGGAAGUCGAAGAGAAAAUGAUUAAGAAAGAUGACAAAUACAACUACCACGGUAAGAAUGGGUUGUCAAAAUUAACAGAUGAGUUGAAAGAGGAUUUGAAGAAGUCAAAGGAAGAGAAAGAAAAGCUUUUGAAAGAAGUUGACGAUUUGAAGACACAACAUUCUCAUGAAGAGGCGUUGAUGAAAAUUGAUACCCAUAGACUGGAGCAAGAACUUAAGACACUUAAGGAACACGUGGCCCAAAGUCAAGAAGACGAGGUUCGAAAAGCUUCAGAAGUCGAGCGUAUGUUUAUGGCCGCCCGAGAAGCCAUAGAAAAGGACAGGCAGGAUAAGUAUUUGCUGUUGGUAGAGCAAAACAAAUUAAAACACAAAGUUGAGAAAAUGACUGAAAGCUUGAAAUCCUACCAGAUUAAAAACGACGAAUUGACGAGAAUUCAAAAUGAAUUGGAACAAGAAGUUGAUGGAUUUCGGAAGCUGAAAAAACUGAUUCAAGAACAUGGCCUACCGAACCACGACCAGCUGAUCAUGUUGCAACAACAGGCUGAAUCGUACAAAGAAGAUGUCUUAAGUGAGAGAAAGGACAGAGAGCGCGCACAGGCUCAGAGGGAGAAACUGCGCAGAGAUUAUGAGACCUCCCAAGCGAGGCUAGCCUCCCUCCAAGAGCAGUGCGACUCCUUUCGCCAGGUUUACAAGUACCAAGAGCACAUUUUGAAGCUGAACGGUGACCGCCAGCGGCUGGCCCAGCAGUUAGAAGCUGCCACUGGUGUUCAGCAAAAUCAAGGUAACAAGUUGAUGCGUCAGCUGUCAACUCCGUCCUUUAUGGGUUCCAAGAUGGGUUUUGACAGAGCACUUGGCAAAAACCAGUUCAGCCCUCCCAACCAGCACCAAAUGCGCCCACCUAAUUCUGGGCCUCUUGAUGACCUUAAUCGUGGAAGAGGUGGCUACAGGAAUGGCUAUAAUAACUACGGACCGAAUCGUCCCUUUGGCGACAGACGCCCCAAUUCAGGAGGUCCAGGGCAGUUUGAUGGUUGGCAGCGCCAAAUGAACGCGCCUAGACCUCCACCAGGGCAGAACCAGUACUCGUUGAUGAACAAGGGCCCAAGAUCUCCUUUGUUAAAUCCUCAAGCUGAGCCAUGGAGAUUUGGUAAUCAGCAGAACAUGCCUCAGAAUCAGCCCUUAAACAGCCAGUUUGGCUCUGGAUUCGGGUAUGGUGGCGGUAUUUGGUCCCAGCAGCAAGCCCCUAGAUCCCCAUCUGGAUUCAAUAACAUGAGGAUGAAUCAGCCCCACAUGUGGCCUUUGACGUCAUCUGAGCAGCAACAUCAACCUGGCUUUGGAUCCCCACAAAUGUCACGUGCUCCUGGGAUGAAGUCUGGAGAGAGCUGGUCAUCGGCCUCUGACGAGCAGCCAAGUCCACCGGUGAACCCGCGUGAUGAAAACCCUUUUUCCACGUCCCCUACAACAUCAUCCACCAGCAGCCAAGAAAGUAAUAACAACCACGAAGGAUUCAUUUGUAGAAAAUGCGAUUCUAAGUGUCCGGAUGGCGACGCAUUCAGGGCCCACGUGGAGAAAUGCUUCAACUCUUAAGCAGCAAUUGGCUUCGUUUUAGAAUUGAGUGAGUCCAGAAUGGCAGUUUUAUUCAGCAGUUCGCAGUAGCAGAAUGUCCUGUAUAUUUCGUAACGGUAUGAGUUGAUUUGAAUUUUCAUUCGUAAUUUCAAGUUGUGGUAAAUUUGUUCAUGAUUUUUCGACAGCCUAUUGACGUUUGACUUCACCACACUUUUCUUCAAUUCAACUUUUGUUUUGGAAUUUUACCAUCAAAAGUUUUGUUAAUACGUAAGUUCUAAAACUUCUAAAACUACCACCAAGUUUCUCAUUUCAUUUUCAUCAGAGAUUAUAUAUGUCAAAGGUUUUAUCAGUUGAUUGUACAGAUGUCAGGUUUCACGAGACCCAGUGCAGAAUAUUUUUUUGUUUUGCAUCGUGAUGACGUCUAAUACUGCAAACUCUCAAUCGUCUCCAGUGGUGGGAAGUCAAACGUUUAUUUAUCUGGCAAUCAAAGAUAUGAAUUUAAACUUAUAAUUUUACAGUAUAUAGUUAAGUUUUAUCUUUAAGGUUUAUCAAAGACUAAUUUUUCAUCAUUUUCAUGCCCAAAAUUGAGUUCAUUGUAGUUUGACAUAUUUUGCCACUAACGUUCCAAAGAUCCGUUAUCUAUAAAGCUUUGCCAUUAAGCACUAAUCAGAGACUUUAUCUUUGGAUAAAGUUCCAUGAACAUAGUCUGUUGAGUAAUCUUUAAUGUAAAAAAGAUACUUUGAUGUGUCACACACCAAGCAACAAGGAUCAGAAUCAAAAUGCAUAUCUCCCUUUUUGCGAAGUGCAUCCUUCGUCUCGUUACAGAUCCAUUUUAAGAGGCCUUGUAUUCCUGUGCUCGUUUGGCCAGGUAUUUCGAUGUGAACUAGUAAUUCAAUAAAGUCGUGAUAUCCAGGAAUAAACAUUUUUUGUUGACGUAUGCCUCCAACCUUCGUUUAUAACUAGUGUCAGUUUUGGUGAAUAUGAUUGGCUAUUUAAUUGACACCCAAUACGGUUCAAAACAGGGGCGGACACUUGGUCAAAUAUUGGGGGGCAAGCCUAUUCUUUCAAUAAGAUGACGUCACGUUUCCCUUUGUUUUCGAACAAAAGACCAUUGUCCUCUAAAGUAUUGCCCCCCCCCCUCGCCCCCCCCCAAGUGUCCGCCACUGGUUCAAAAGUGCACUGUUUUUGCCAAGUAUCCUUGUGUCUUUUGGAAUUCUACCGAACUUCCUUCUUGGAACUGUCCCGUGUGAUCCUUGUUGCUUCAUGUAUAUAAACAUAAUACAUGUUUUCAUAAACAUUUAUACGCCGAUUUAGUCCUACUAUAGAACCCACGAAAGUAUAUAAUAUAGAGUAAGAUUCUAUUCUCGAUCUUAUUUGACAGAAGCAGUAGUUCUUUUAAAAUUUCUUUCUCAGUUUGUUAAAUCAAGUUUGUUUUGUGGCUGUGUUAGUAUCCGCCUUUCUUAUCGUAUUUGAUUAAGACAUCAUAAACCUACAUCACCAAGGUAGGUGUCGUUUUUAUUCCCUACCUCAAAAUUCAUAUCCUCUUCUUUUAUUAAACUGCAGUUCUGUUCAGCCACACAGAUUUGUUUUUAAUUUUUAAAAUAGCUUGUUUUCUUACAAGCAGAUUUUGUUUUUUUUAUUCUUGUUGAUACUCAGCUAUUAACUCCGGAGCCCAAACUUACUUUUAAAAUAUAAAUCCUACUUGAUCAUGCGUAACACCCUUGCCUUUUCGUUUUUUAAAAAUCGGAAUUUUCUGUAACGCGUACGAUCUCUGUUCAUUGUGUGGUAUGGGACAUAUCCGCAAAUUGCCAACAUUUCUGCUGCAUGUUUGUGAGUGCUCAAGACUAAAAGUGAACAGCCAACCUUUGCUAAAAGUUCUUUGAACAGCCAUCGUGUUGUAGGAACUUCAGCCUUUGUAGGUUUGAUUAUCCCCCUUUAUCCGUGCACGUGUCUAAAACAGAAAGUUUUCCCGAAAUCUCCUAUGUAAUAGCAGCCAUUUGGCAAAAGUCAUUGAUUUUGGCUGCUCUUUAGCAGUGUUAGUAUGAUCGGUGCAAAGUUUCCGAGAUUUGAUUAACACCGUAGAAAAUAUUAAAAUCGGGCCAAGGAUCUAACCUACAUCCUAUUCUCUUCAGACAUUAUAAGCCAUAAUGGAUCGAAUUUGACUGAUUUGGUUUAAGUAGUAUUGUAGACUAACUAAAGAUUGUUUUUUGUUUGAUUUUGAAAGGGUAAUUUUAUAAGAAAAUUGUAUGUCUCUUAUGUUAUUUAACGAUGUAUCAAUCGCUGUUAAAUCAUGCAGUUAUUACAAAGGGAUCGAUUGUUUGCUAUUUAAUUAUGAUAUCAGAUUCUCACAAUCAUGCAUAGAUUAGUUUUUGGGCGAUAUAUCACAGUUGAUAUUAUUUAAGAUAUAGAUUCGUUCCGAAUAUGAAUUUUCUUAGCUGUUUUACAUUUCAUAUAUCUUGUUUGUUGUGUCUGUUUGAUACGGCGUUUAUAGUCGUCAACUUUACAAGAGUUUGUUAAAGCAUAUUUAAGUUGUCUUGCUGUCUGGCCCCAGCUGCACGUGGAAAAUGUGACUGCUCUUUCUAGAAAACGCUUUUUGGCAGUGUUUUCGUUUCUGUAGUACCCAGGAUCUAAUUUUCACUUUAGAAUAGAAGACAGUUAGAAACAUUGGUUCUAGUAGCAGUUGGGGUCUGUCAGGAGUUAUAUUGUUUACUGAUGUUGAAUUAAUUUUAGCAUUUAGAGUUUAAAUUUUGAUUAGAAAGUAGUUUGAAGGUAGACAAGCCAUGGUUUAUUACGAUUUAUUUACUUAUCCUCCAUACUCCCCUGACAGUCACUGUCUUCUGACAGGACACCUAUUACACCAGAGCGAAGUCAUGUUUAGGAAAGCAGAAACUACCGUGGUGGAAAAAUUGAAUCGAAAUUGCAAAACCAAUGCUCUUUUUUGUCUUAACAAAGCUCCAGGUUAGACUGAAAUAUGCCCCUUCCUCCAUAUUGUACCCAGGCUCCAUCUAAAACCUGAAUGCUAUAGGCCGAUCAUAUAGGGAUAAAAAACACAAGCAGUAACACGUUUUGAACUCAAUUUCUCGAACCUUAAACCAUCGAUAUAACUAUAGGGAGUCCUUUGAAGCUUAUUGGCUUACAAUAUGAUUAUCCCAUCAUCUCUUUAUUUUUGCGUGACAGGAGCUAGCCUUCUGCUCGCAUAAGUAUCUCAUUUUCGUUACAUUUAGUUCGUUUCGUUUACAAAAGUCAACUUAUAAUUUUGCGCAAGACUGAAUAGAUUCGCAAUUCAUCUUAUCAGGCCUAACACUAUAUGCACAGUUAUGAGGCUUAGCCGAUAGAAAGGCUUCCAUAUACGCGUACAGUUGUUGGCACCAAAGUGGUUUGCAAGAAAUGUUUUCACCUCUAAGCGAACGCUGUUGGAAUUCUGUUUGGUCUUGCGUAUUUAUACAACGUAUUAUAUAAAGAUGUUGAAACAAUUAAUGUUUGGUAUGUUUGGUUAGAUGAUUUUUAUUGCCACGUUAUAUUUUUGAACUAAAACUGUUUUUAUAGGCUUUGUUUAACUUAGGCCCAAAAACGUUGUGUGAACAAAGAACGUAUCUUAAUCUUCUUCAAAAUAUUUUGGUUAGGUUUGUUUUUAGCAUUUAAAGCAAUGUGAUAGUAUGCAAUUUACUUUAUGGUUUAUAAAAGGUCCUGUAUUUGGUAGUCAUGUAUAAUAAACGCUAGAUAUUAAUUAACGACCUGUCCAUGCGAGUUGAAAGUGCAGUUGGGACAGCGUCACUAUCGUUAUAAAGACCGUGUGACUAAAGUGAAGUAAUGUACGUGUUAGUAAUUGUGUUUAGCAUCAAGCAUAAAGCCACGUCAGAUUUGCAUAAAUAUAUUAGAUUGUUAUAUUAGAGUGAUAUAUAACCAUGGCUGCAGUGUAGCAUAGGAGAAAUUGAGGCAUAAAUCCCUUCAUUUUGCAUUUAGAGUUACCGCUUGCAUAAAUUCCCAGGAGUAGUGUUGCAGUUUCAUCGAAUGGAUAAAGGACAUUGCAAAAGGGGGACUAAUAGAAAUACCAUUAGCUUUUUCUACAUUCUAAAAGUCUCCUUUUGUUUAUGAAGGCAGAAAAGUGUUUUAGAAAAUACCUCCUAUUAUUCCUAUUAUUCCUUUUGCUACAAAAGCAGCCUGGCACGCGCAUAUCUCAUGUUUACUUUACAGAAAGAAUGCUGAAUGCCCGUUCCUUCCUUGCAUAUUAUAAAAAGCAUUCAGAAAACCCCAGUAGAUGAGGUAUCUCCACAGCCAUUAAAAAGUUGAAAUUAUUGAUGCAUCUGUGAUACAUCUCGGCAUCUUCUGUUUUUAAUCUUGCUUCAAGCAAAGUUCACAUUACGGCCCCUCUCGUUGUAUCCACAUCCUCAUCCUAUCGACAAGCUCCAACCAGAAUUCCAAUAGACAAAAAUUGUCAUAAAUGUUUCACUUUUCACUUUUGAAAGGUUUGAGCCGCCCUUUGUUGGGCGCCACAUGAACAAGACCUCUACAAAUACUUGUUGAGUAAAAGGAAAAUCCCGAAACAGCCAGUUUAGCGUUUGAAACCCAUUUGAGCAUUCUUGGAGCAGGUAGCGUGCGCAUUCUUUCUGAUAAAGAAGCAGCUUUUUAAACGAAUGGUUUGCAUUUUAGAUUGCAUCUUUAUUUGACCAGUUGGUGAACUGGCUUCAUGAUUUUCAUUAACAAAUGUUGAUUUAGACAAAGUUUAUAUCUACCUAAUAUAUUUGUUAGAUUCAAAUGAAUAGAGCAUACGUGUAAAGAGUUUAUAUUAUCUGCAGUUUUUUAAGCGUAACAUAUUUGCUUGGAAGUUGAUUUAAUAGGGAAAGAUAUGAUCUUCCGAAUUGUUUAAUGCAGUUGUCACUUGCCUUUAUUUUCAUCUUGCUUGCAUUGCAA